AUGGCUGAAACCCCAAAGACUCAAGAAGAGAAGGCUGAGAAUCCUGAAGUGGACAAGGAUGAAACACAAGUUAUUUCCUGGAUGUGGACCACCCAUCGAGAUGGAGAAGUCCCUCUGAGGUUAUCAGAACAUGGACCAGGCCACAAGAACCCGAUGACCAUCCCUGAGUUUUUUCGCGAGUCAGUCGACCGAUUCAGGAUAUGUCCAGCCCUUGCAUCAAAAAACGGCAAGAAGUGGGAAAUUCUGAAUUACGAACAGUACUACGAGACUUGUCGGAAGGCUGCAAGAGCCUUGAUCAAGCUGGGCUUGGAGCGUUUCCACGGAGUUGGCAUCCUGGGGUUUAACUCCGUGGAGUGGUUCACUGCUGCUCUUGGCGCCAUCCUAGCAGGGGGCCUGUGUGUUGGUAUUUAUGCCACCAACUCAGCUGAGGCUUGUCAGUAUGUCAUCACUCAUGCCAAGGUGAACAUCUUGCUGGUUGAAAAUGAUCAACAGUUGCAGAAAAUCCUUUCGAUUCCACAGAGCAAGCUGGAGACCCUAAAAGCCAUCGUCCAAUACAGGCUGCCCCUGAAAGCAAGCAGCGGCAAUCUAUACUCCUGGGAUGAUUUCAUGGACCUGGGCAACAGCAUCCCCGACACCCAGCUGGAUCAGAUCAUCGAAAGCCAGAAGGCUAAUCAGUGCGCUGUGCUUGUCUACACUUCCGGGACCACCAACUACCCCAAGGGAGUCAUGCUCAGCCAUGACAACAUCACAUGGAUGGCCGGGGCAGUGGCAAGGGACAUUGAACUGAAGGAAAAGCAGGAGGUGGUCGUCAGCUAUCUGCCCCUUAGCCACAUUGCAGCGCAGCUGAUGGACAUCUGGUUACCCAUCAAGGUUGGGGCGCUCACAUACUUUGCUCAGCCAGACUCUCUCAGGGGCACCUUGUUAAUCACUCUGCGGGAGGUGAGGCCCACCGCCUUCAUGGGGGUGCCCCAAGUUUGGGAGAAGUUGCAUGCGACAAUAAAGGAAAAUAAUACCAAGUGCUCCAACUUGAGGAAGAAGGUGUUUAUAUGGGCAAGACACGUUGGCUUCAAGAUCAGCACAAAAAGGAUGUCGGGGAAGUAUGACACUCCCGUGAACUACAACAUAGCUAAGAAUCUCGUGUUCAGUAAAAUCAAGCACUCCCUGGGCCUGGAUCGCUGCCACAAUUUCAUCAGUGCCGUUGCCCCUCUCUCCCAAGAGACUGCAGAGUUCUUCUUCAGCUUGGACAUACCUAUAGGCGAAAUCUAUGGAUUGAGUGAGAGCUCGGGACCUCACACGCUAUCCAGCCCGACUAACUACAGGUUUCUCAGCUGCGGCAAGGUCUUGACGGGGUGUAAGAACAUGCUGUCCCAGCCGAAUAAGGAUGGCAUCGGUGAGGUCUGUAUCUGGGGCAGACACAUCUUCAUGGGCUACCUGGAGAAUGAAUCUGAAACUAUGGAGGCCAUUGACAAGGAAGGCUGGCUACACUCCGGGGACCUGGGUCAGCUGGACAGCCAGGGUUUCCUCUACAUCACCGGCCGCAUCAAAGAAAUCCUCAUCACUGCCAGUGGCGAGAAGGUGUCCCCCAUUUCCAUCGAGAACUUGGUGAAGAGGAAGAUCCCCAUUGUCAGUAAUGCCCUGUUGGUGGGAGAUAAGAUGCAUUUCCUGAGCAUCUUGCUGACGUUGAAGUGUGAGAUGGACCCGAUGAGUGGAGAACCUUUGGACCAGCUGACCUUGGAGGCCAUCAACUACUGCCGGAGCCUGGGCAGCCACGCAUCCACUGUGACCGAGAUCGUGAAGCUGAAAGAUCCCCUGGUCUACAAGGCCAUCCAGGAGGGCAUCAACAGCGUGAACCAGGAGGCCAUUUCCAACGUGCGGAUUCAGAAGUGGGUCAUUCUGGAGAAGGACUUUUCCAUUUCUGGCGGAGAGCUGGGUCCAUCAUCAAAGAUUAAGAGACAUUUCAUAAUCCAGAAAUACAGAAAGCAAAUUGACAACUUCUACCACUGA